AUGGCAGAAUAUGAAGAUGGCAGGAGACGGGAUCUCAACUGUCACACAAGCAGUGUGAAGGUUCACAAUAAAUUUGGACUGCCUUCAGGGACAGCUCUUUGUAUUUAUGAUGACACUGCAACUGUGAUUGAGGAGGACAUUUUACAUGAUUUACUUCAAGCAAAACCUGACAUGAUGUUAACAGUCAGAGACAACAAUACUGAAUUGGAGAUGUUAGCUCCAGGAAGCAGUUCCUGCACUGAUACUUUUUCCUUAUCUAGCCGUACAUCAAGCGACCUAGACCAAACACCGGAGCAUCCGGCCAAGAGGUCCAAAAAAUUAGAAGAUUCAGCAGCUGCCGCCAAAGAGGUUGUCCUUGCUGCCUUAAACCACAAAGCCGGUGGCAAUGCCAUACUUGCUGAGUACAGGUCCAAAAACACUCUGACAAAUGAAACAAGGUGUGUUCUUGUCAACAUACUGAUUGGACACAUGGUAGAGAUGCAUGGGAGGAUUCCUACACAGAACCAAAGAGAGCAGUAUGCCCUUGGUAUUGUGACACUUUUUCCAGAAUUGCGAGAUCCAUACUCAAAGAAGGGCUAUGUUAACCAAGACUUCACACUCCUCUUCAAUCCUGAAACAGCUAAUACAUUGCUGGAAAAGUGGGACACUGUAUUCAAACUAGGAAUCAUUGAGGAAGCCUUGGGCUUGACUUUAACUCCUGCUGUGCGUUCCCUCAUCUCAUCAGCAAGAAACAGACAAUCGGAACCGGGAGGCAAGAGAACUGACAAAAUCAGUGCUGCUGAUGCUACUGAUCGCCUUGUUGUGUAUCAUCAGUCUUGCAACAGCAUUGAUGAACAUGUUCAGCAAAGAGAAGGACGGCAGCCAUACCUCCUUGCUGUAGGAAGAAGCCAAGACCAGAUUGACAAUUUUUAUGUAGUCCUUGACAAAAAUCUCAUCCCCUGUCAGGUGGUUGGUUCCCUCCGUGCAUUCGACAAGCUUUUCAAAGCUCACUUUGUUUUUAAUUUAACAUAUGACAAUGCACUCAUAAACUUCUACACUUUCAUUCAAACAACCAUCUACAAAAUUGAUGUAGGCAAGACGAGAGAGUCCCCAAGAGUAAAAGAGCUUCGUGCUAAACUACUGAAUGACUACUAUUUGUAAAGCAGCUGAG